CCAUUGCCUAGCGACUUACUUCCACGAUUCGGGAACGAGACAUCCGAACAGCUGAACUGGAGAGGAAGGAAUAUAACACCUACUAUAGCUGUCACUCCCAGGCUGACAGAUCGCGAUAGCAGCAAACCCGAAGUGGAUCUGGGCAAUCGUUCUCUCCCCACAGAUCCAGGCGAUUACGUUACGAUGUCAUAUCAUCGCAACAGCAAGAAUGUAGUGGACAGUUCGAGCAUUGAGAUGUACUUGAUGCGUAGAGAUAGCUGGGAAGAGAUCCAGAGAGUUGUAGAAUCCUACUUGUUGGAAGACACCGGUGGUAUCUGCUAUGCGAAUUUUAGUAUCGACUGGGAUCUGACAAACUUCAUCGGCAAGGAACUGGAUGGCACCGCUGAGAACUUGGAUAAAUGGCUGACCAUCUCCGGAACAAUGCAUGAAGCAUAUGCAGCAAGCUGUGUACAAUACAUGGCAUCGGUUGAAGCCUGGAGCGAGCUGGGUACCAGUCUUAUUGAUAUAAUCAAAAAGGCAUCUGCAGUAAUGUCAAGUUAUGAAGCUCAAGGAAUAGCGUAUACAAUGGCCUCGUGGAGUUUUAUUUUUUGCGUGAAGAACCUCGAACCUCGAACCUCGAACCAAUACGGCUAGACAUGGAUAGAGAUGAUCACAGCUUCACACAUUCGGGGCCACUCCCUGCUUCGAAGAACGACCACGACAAGAUGACCCGGACUGACUGGAUACCUCCACCAGUGCAAACGGCGUCCCUCAGAAAAACAGUUCCAAGCGCAACAACAAGCAGGCCACCAGUGUCUGAAGUUAUUUCAGUGGAUGUCUUUUUUGUUUCACAAAUAUAGAUU